ACUGAUUUUAGAUAAUCAUAAUGAAAAAUAAAGAAGUUUUGUGACAAACUGCUUUACUGAAGUAUAAAAAACAUUUUUUUUGUUAAUUAAAAUCCGAAUUAGGGUGCAGAUUUACUCAUUAAAAUGUUUAGACGCUUUUUCCUGCUUGUUUCUGCUGCCUCCAUGUGGUCUAAAGUAGGCUAGAUCUUUUUUUUUUUUUUUUAGUUUCUACAAAAGUAACACAUCUCACAGAAUGUGUUUUCUCUUUUUUGAGGGAGGUAAAAAUGUCUCCAACUUAGAAGUCAUUAAUUUGAUCAAAGAGGCUGCACCCCACACUUUACGCAUCCACCUCCUCCCCAAAGAGAGUGGUGCAGCUUAGAAAUGGGUCACCCCAGCUAAUUAUCAGUUACAUAAAAAGACGGUUUCGAGUGACACACAAGGUAGAAGAAAGAUUUCUUGCCGCACAUUCAUGGGGGGCUCCCUGCCUGUCAUGAAGGGAACGUCCUUCACCGCUCUAUCACCCCCUCCAUAAAGGAGAUUUGUGUGGAUUCAUAAAUGUCCAUCUAAACUGGUGAACUUUCGGCCAUCAUCAUCAGGUCCACCUUCCCCUUCUUCAGCCCCUUGGAGACGCGCGCACCGCGUCUGUGCCGCGCCCCCUCCUCUCCAACGGUCCAGGCGCAGGAGAGAACGCGCGCAACUUUUCCAUCCAAAGAGGCGCGAGAACGAUCUGUCAGCAGAUGCAAACACUGUUCAGGGAGGCUGGAGGAAAGGAGGGAGCUCAGGAAUACGGCGUUUAGUCUCAAAAAUUUUAAAGAUAUUUAUUAUUUGGGGUCGAAGAAAAGCCACCUUUUAGACUCCUCACUGGAAAAGAUGUGUCUGGCAAAGAAAACACAGGCUGCUCAAAUGUUCGCUCUAAUAUCUUGUUUGAAGAAGAGAACAUGAAGCGAGUGCAACCCCGGUCAACUCUUAAACCUCUGGGUCACUCUGUCUAAUUAAAUCCAAGUCUGCGCCGAGAGAUGGGCGACGUGAACGUCAGCCGAGUGACAGGAGCUUCUGCCGAGAUACAGGACAGUCUCCCGGAUGGUCAGUGGGAUCACUACGCCGACGGCUACGACACGGACUACGGCGUCCCGCCUGACGAGAUCCCGGACACAACGCAGGGUCAGGCCUUCUUCGUGGCCACGAUUGUCAUCGGAGUGGUUCUUGUGUGCAUCAUGCUCGUUUGUGGCUUGGGAAACUUGAUUUUCAUUGCCACGCUGACUCGCUACAAAAAGCUCCGCAAUCUCACCAACCUGCUCAUUGCAAAUCUGGCCAUCUCAGACUUUAUAGUAGCAGUGGUGUGCUGCCCAUUUCUGGUGGACUAUUAUGUGGUCAAGCAUCUGUCAUGGGAUCACGGACUGGUGAUGUGUGCCUCUGUUAACUAUCUAAGGACUGUGUCACUCUACGUGUCUACAAACGCCUUGCUUGCCAUUGCAGUUGACAGGUACAUGGCAAUCGUCCAUCCUCUCAGACCUCGAAUGAAGUACCAAACAGCCUACUGCCUACUAACCGGGGUCUGGAUCGUUCCUAUUCUGAUAUCGAUUCCAUCAGCUUAUUUUGCCUGUGAGACCACAUACCCACACGGCGGCACCGACCCGACCACCCACAAAGUCUUCUGCGCACAGAUAUGGCCUGUGGACCAGCAGGCCUACUAUCGCUCCUACUUCAUGUUUGUGUUUGCUGUCGAGUUUGUUGGGCCCGUGAUCGUCAUGGCGAUUUGCUACGCCCACAUCUCCAAAGAGCUGUGGUUCAAAAACGUCCCCGGUUUCCAGACGGAGCAGAUUAGGAAGAGGCUGCGCUGCCGCCGCAAGACGGUGAUGGUUCUGAUUGGGAUUUUGACCGCCUACAUCCUGUGCUGGGCACCGUACUACGGCUACACCAUCCUGCGAGAUUUCUAUCCAACACUCAUCUCUCGGCAAAGGAACUCACUUGUGGCUUUUUACAUCAUCGAGUGCAUUGCCAUGAGCAACAGCAUGAUCAAUACCUUCUGUUUUGUGAGUGUCAAGAAUAACACGGUAAAGUACCUGAAGAAAAUUGUACUUCUGCGUUGGCGGUCAACAUAUGCGCCCAGUAAGACAGUGGAUGAGAUGGAUUUAAGGACCUCCUCUAUGCCUGUUACUGAAGAGAUUGAAUGUAUCCACCUGAGGUGAGACAAACUAAAACCAGAUUGCCUCAGAGAUUUCAAAAGAUAGUUGUAAUUUACAAAGCUGUUCGUGAUUUUGAAAAUUUGUUUUCCUCAUAAGACAAAAAUACAUUUCAUAAAGUACAACAGCAGCACCUUUUCGAGAGUCAUAUGUAGAUCAGGGUUCUCAAACUCAAUUUACUUUGGGGCCACUGAAGGCAGAGUCUGACUGAAGCUGGGCUGUAUGGGGCUCCAUUUGUGCCAAAAAUAGGUUUUUGCGUCCGCUUUUUAUGUCUUUGGUCCUUUAUCUAUGUCCACUGAACAAGUUUAUUGAACACUUGUGCAUGUCUAAGUAUUACUAAGUAAUAUCUUCUGCGUGUCUCGUGAAACGACAGGAGCAAACAACGCUAGCAACUGUUGCUAAGGACUUUUCUGACGACCAGAUUCAACGACAAUAGCAAAUGCAAGUUUCAAACUUGAAGCAAGAUGAAACAUCACAAAGAAAAUGCAAAGCUAUCAUCAAAAAAGGAUGGACAAGCAGAAGAUAUUGCUUAGUACAUAGACAUGAAGAAAUGUUUAAUAAACUUGUUCAAUGGACAUAGUGGACGCAAAAGCAUAUUCUAGACACAUGUGGAACCCCAUACGGCCCUGGCUGCACAUGUUGAGAAAAUUACUUGCGAGGUCACUUUUUAAAAACAAACAAAAAAAAAAAGUAAGGACCUAAUUAAUGUGGAGCAGGUGUCAGGUUUCUUGCCCUAAAAUUUCCCCUGCUUCAAGCCCGGUCAGUGUCACGUCCCCAAGAGCUACAUACCCUACCGUGAUUGGUUGUUUAGCGCCGCACAAACCACUGAAAAAGUGCCCUUCUUUCAAAGCUUGUGACAGUAAACUUUAAUAUUAAGAAGGAGAAAUAUCGUCUUUGGGCCACAAAUGGCCCUCCAGUUUGAGACCCCUGAUGUAGAUAAAGCACAUAAAAAGUGCAUUGUGUUAAUGUUAUAGUGUGUCUUUGACACUGUGAUUUAUUAUCGUGGUAAAUAGUUGGAACAGUUUUUAUUAGUUAUAUAUGAGUCUUAAAUAGAUGUUUUGCGAUUGUUGAUGUUUGUUUUUUGUUAGACUUUAUGGUUUUAAUAGAUUUUUGGACAGAUAAAGUUUGCACGCAAGCUUGAAAAAAAGCAAAAAAAAAUAAACAAAAAGGACACAUUCAUAAAUGUCCUCAUAUAAGUUAUUGAUAAAACCUGUUCGUUUCAUUGUUUAAGCAUGUUUUUUGUUGAAAAAUGCAUUUGUGUUCUGGAUUAGUAAUAAAGAAUUACACCAGAAAAAAGUGCUGUGUUGGAUUUAUUUAGUUGGAAUUAAAAUGACAAAUUUAUUGUUAUAAUUUUCUUUUUUUUUCAAAAGGAAAACAUGUUCCUGGGUGUUUAAACAGGUUAACUUCAUGCAUGUAUUGAGAGGGAUUUAAAAAAGAAACAAGAUUAGUGGGGUUUAUUGGUUAGUCACGAUGCAAAUCACUGCAGAGGAACACAGGUGCCUCAAUAAACACUCAACUAAAUUCAAGUGCUGCUCCUGCAACUGCGACGACGGAAAAAAAAGAAGCCCAGAUACAUGUAUGAAUUUUCUGGGUACUUAUGAAAAUUUAAAGAGUUUGGCUAUAUUUUGUCAGGAAUUAUAAAGCACAGGAAGUGACAGAAAAGAACAACCAAACCAGAGGCAGACAUAGGGGGUUUUACCCUCGGACCUUUACGUUUUUAUUCCUAGACGUGCAUCAGAAGCUAUAUUAGUAAUUAUCAAUCCAAGUCUCAUUGCUGAACAUGUGUUAACAUUUCAUCUUAUGAAUUUUACAUUCUUCCUGC